CAUUACAUUUAUGUCUUGCGGCUCUUUCUGGUUUGGGAGGCAAGGAUAGGAUGGAGGGGAGGUCUUCAGAUUCAAUGUGAAUGAGGCUCCAGCCAAUUACUUGAACAUUAAAAAUAAUCAUCGUCUUCAAACUAAAGUUGUUGUACUAGUAUGUGAUCUUAUUCUGCUAUUACGCUUCCGGAUACUUUUUUUUUUUUUGUACUAUUUUUAUGGAUGACUCGGUACAAAUUAGUGAGAGAUAAGAUUAAGUUUUAGAGAUUUUAGGGUAGGGAUGAGAAAAAAAAUGGAAUGGUCGGCACAAGCGAACCAUAUGGGAGGAUUACCAAGAAAAUUAGUGUUCAUGGCUGUUGGAGCAUUUGCAAAGACGGUGGCAAAAUUUCUCAUCACCACUUAUGUUCACAAUGCUGAUACACUAAUUUGUCUUGUUCACUCUAGGCCUUGUGGGGUACCUCUCCUCACUGUUAGUAAUCACAUGUCCACCUUAGAUGAUCCGGUCAUGUGGGGAUUCAAGGGUUUUCCCACCAUGGAUGCUAAGUUGGCUCGAUGGGUUCUUGCUGUUGAAGAUAUUUGCUUCAAAAAUCCUCCUUUUCCAUAUGUCUUUCGAUUAGGCAAGUCCCGUUUUUUGAUAAUAGUAUCUGAAGUUUGUAGUGAAUUUGAACAUGAUGAGUGCUUCUCCUUGCACAUCUUUGUCACUGAAAAUUGUAAUGCUACAGUUAAAUGCAUACCCAUCACAAAGGGUGGGGGAAUUUAUCAAGAACAUAUGAAUGAAGCAAUUAAGCGUUUAAGUGAUGGAGAAUGGGUAUGCAUUUAUGAUUGCACAAUUUGUACUCCUAUGAUUGACUGGGCUCAAUUUCUUAAGGGUUUCUUCUAAUUUAUACUUAAAAAAUUAUAAUAGAAAAGGAGUGUUUUGUGAUUUUUUUUCAUAGGUUGUUGGGUUUAUUUUGGUUGAUCUUGACUGACUAAUCCAUAUAUUUCCUUUUGCUUUUAUCACUUUUCUUCCUUAUUGGAUGCUUGGUGCAAGAGGUUACAUGCGGAAUGCCAUUCUAUCCAAUGUGAGUGAGAUCAAGAAGAACUUUAGCUUAGUGGAACUGAUAUUAGAGUAGGGAAUAAUGUGAUAUUAUAGUACAUGAUAUAUUAUUCAAUAAUCAAUACAUUUUUUACUCUUUCUAUAUCAUCCGUUUUCCCAGUUAUUUUU